GGCUGGGCCCUGGCCGCACCUCUCCCAGCCGCACGCCUACCUCCCAGGACGCCCUGGGACCCAUGGCCGCGGUGGCAGCCCCCUGGGGGCGGCAGCGGGAAGAGGCCCGCGCGCUCGGCCGGGCGGUGAGGCUGCUGGAACGCCUGGAAGAGCACUUCGGGGACCCCCGGCUUGCCUCCAGUCCCCCCUCGAUGCGGGACCUGCUGCCCCGCACCGCGCAGCUGCUGCGCGAGGUGGCCCACGCCCGGCGGGCGGCCGACGGAGGCGGCCCCGAGGGUCUCGGCGGUGCGCGGGACUUCCUCGUCGUCUACCUUAACAACCUGGAGGCCAAGAGCAGGCAGGUGGCGGCACUGCUGGCACCCCAGGGUCGGAGGAGUGCCAAUGACGAGCUCUUCCGGGAGGGCUCCGGACUCAGGCGACAGCUGGCCAAGCUGGCCCUCAUCUUCCGCUACAUGCAUGCGGAACUGAGCGCACUCUUCCCCGGCGGAAAGUACUGUGGGCACACGUACCAGCUCGCCAAGGCCCCAGCCCACAGCUUCUGGAGGGGGCACUGCGGCGCCCGCUGUGUCCUGACCUGGGCUGAGUUUGAGUCCAUCUUGCGCACCUGCCACCCGGUGGAAUCAGGCUCCACGGGCCUGGCCUUGCGCUCCACCAUCAACCUCACUUGCAGCGGCCACGUGUCCAUCUUCGAGUUUGACAUCUUCACCAGGCUCUUCCAGCCUUGGCCGACACUCCUCAAGAACUGGCAGCUCCUGGCGGUCAACCACCCGGGCUACGUGGCCUUCCUCACAUACGAUGAGGUUCAAGCGCGUCUGCAAGCCUGCAGAGACAAGCCAGGCAGCUACAUCUUCCGGCCCAGCUGCACUCACCUGGGACAAUGGGCCAUUGGAUUCGUGAACUCAGACGGCAGCAUCCUGCAGACCAUUUCUCUCAACAAGCCCCUGUUCCAGACACUCCUGGACGGACAAAGGGAAGGCUUCUUCCUCUACCCAGAUGGGAAGAACCACAACCCAGACCUGACUGAACUCUGCCAGAUGGAGCCCCAUCAGCGUAUCCAUGUGUCGGAGGAGCAGCUGAAGCUGUACUGGGCCAUGGACUCUACAUUUGAGCUCUGCAAGAUCUGUACCGAGAGGGACAAGGACGUGAAAAUCAAGCCAUGUGGACACCUGCUCUGUGGCAGCUGCCUGGCUACCUGGCAGAACUUUGAAAGCCAGACGUGCCCCUUCUGCCGCGGCGAGAUCAAGGGCCAAGAGGCCGUGAGUAUCCAUCAAUUUCAAGGGAAGCCAGAGGAAGCCACGGCCGCUGCCGAGUACCUGAGGUCCAGCAGUGACCAGGAAGAUGGGGAGGAGGAGCUGGGGCAGGUACCUCUGGCCCUCCCCAGACUUCAGGGCCCUCUACCCUUGCCAAGAAUUAAGACUGUGGCCUUAGCCCCAUGGGAAAUCACCUCCAACCCUCAGGCCAGGGAGGGAGCCACAGGAAACUCCUAAAGGAAAAGUCACCCCUCCGGCUGCCCCCGUGGGGCCCGUGAUCGCUGCCCAGGCAUGGGGGCCGGGCACCACACGUGCUGCUAAAGGGAGCCCCAGGGGCUGCAAGGGGUUUGUGAAUAAUAAACUGCCAAGCCUGGUCUGUC